GAGCCAACCACAUCUCCACUGGCCACUGUCUGUGGUCUGGCCCCCUUUGUCCAAGAAGAGAGGAAGAUCCUUGAGGACUGGCCAGAGUCUACUCAGGCUGAAGAAAUGUCAGCCGUUGGGAGUUUUGAAGGAUUGCAGCCUGUGUCUCCGAAGCAAGAGGGAGAUGACAAAACCUCUGAGACUGAUCAGCUGUCCACGGAGGAGGGUGACCCAGGUACUGUCUCAGGGCCAAGGCAGACUUCAAGGCCUCCAAGUGUGACCGAAUCAGCACUCUACCCCAGUCCCUAUCACCAGCCUUAUAGCUCACGGAAGUACUUCGUUACACGGCCAGGGGCCAUUGAGACUGCCACAGAAGACUUGAAAGGCCACAUUGCCGAGACUUCUGGAGAGAAAAUUCAAGGCUUCUGGCUCUCGACAGAGAUAGACCGCUGGAACAAUGAGAAGGAGAGGAUUUUGCUGGUCACAGACAGGAUUCUCUUGAUCUGCAAAUAUGACUUCAUCAUGCUCAGCUGUGUGCAGUUGCAAUGGAUUCCCCUGAGUGCUGUCUAUGGCAUCUGCCUGGGCAAGUUUUCCUUCCCUACAAUGUCACUGGACAAGAGACAAGGAGAAGGCCUUAGGAUCUACCGGGGAAGUCCAGAGCAGCAGUCACUAUUAUCCGGUUGGAACCCGUGGUCCACUGAGGUGCCUUAUGCUACCUUCACUGAGCACCCUAUGAAAUACACCAGUGAGAAGUUUCUCGAAAUCUGAAAGUCAUCCGGGUUCAUGUCUAAGCUUGUUCCAGCUAUCCAGAAUGCCCACAGGGAUUCCACUGGAUCUGGAAGAGGAAAGUGAUUGAUUGAGACCUACACGGGUCUGAUGUCAUUCACUGGAAACUGCAACAAACUUGGCUAUUCCCUUGCCCGGGGAGUGUUGGUUUUUGACACUCUUUUUGGGGGAUAAGUACAUCAUCCAUAGCUACAUCAUUACUGCAGAUUCUGUUUCAGCCCACCGUAUUUUUGGACUGAAACAAUUAGUUAUUGUUAAAUAGUAUUACAUGAUUUUGAAGAUUCAGUAUCUUAGGGGACCUAAAAGCUUGAUUAGAUUGAUAAAUGCACACUUCAGACCUUAUAUAAGGAUAAUCAAAUUUCUUCAAACCAGAAAAUAAACUCUCCUGAGCCCAUCA